AUGGUAGGUCUAAAAAGAUACUGGCGGAGGAGAAGCUACCGCCGCCUCGGCACCACCACCGAUGAAUCGCGAUCAAAGCGGAAGUGGUCAUGGAAGAUAAGGAUGCCACGAAGGCUGAAGAUAAAGCUGAGGUUUAGGUUUAACUCCAAGAAGUUUAUUGCUAAUGUUCAUGAAGCAUACGUGAGAAUGAUGAUGAGGAUAGCGAGUUCGCCGGUCGUGAGAAGCGGAUCAAUAGGCGGGUAUGGUGCAGGAGGGUUCAGUCAGUUUGGGAUGAGACCCAUGAAGGAGUACGACGAGAAGGUGAUAAUUCAGAUGUAUAACUCGUUGGUUGUGAGACAGGCUCAACUCAAAGCCCUCGAGGCCGAGCCCGUUACCGGUAACUCUAGAUCAUGUGUUGUCUAA